AUGCCGAGACACAGUGAUUUUGCUCGCUUUCAUGCGCUUCUCAGCGCAAAACCCCGCAUCCUCCUCGUGUGCGGUGCGGGGCUGUCGGCUUCUUCGGGGCUCCCGACCUUCCGUGGCGCCGGCGGCCUAUGGCGGGAGUACUCGGCGGUGGACCUAGCGACGCCGGAAGCUUUCGAGCAGGACCCGGGCCUCGUGUGGCUAUUCUACGCCUACCGGAGGCACAUGUCCAUGAAGGCGAACCCGAACCGGGGUCACCACGCGCUCGCCGCGCUGGCACAAAAGUACGACAACGUUUUCUGCGUUUCGCAGAAUGUCGACGGUCUCUUGGAAAAAGCAGAUUACCCUCUCGAGAAGCUGAGGAAGAUUCACGGCUGCCUUUACGGGCUUAAGUGCUUCAAUGAGGACUGCGACUGGAGGGCUUCUAACUCUACCGAUGACCCCCUCUGGCCCAUCCUCGCGCCGGCCUCCGCGGAUGUGGACUCCACCAACCCGAUCCCGCUGCUCGAUCCGGCCCACCCCGCGCCAAAGAUCUCUUGGGACGAGAUCCCCAAGUGUCCCAAGUGUGGGGCGGAGGAGGAAUACGGGUUGCAGCGCCCCGACAUUGUCUGGUUUGGCGAGCCCAUGGACGACCAUGUCGUGCGCGAUGUCGAGGAAUGGAUCGAUGGCGGGGUGGACAUUGUCCUUUCCAUCGGGACCUCGGAGGUCGUGAACACGGCUGCCAGUUUCCUGUAUCACGCGAGGAGCAACGGAGCCAUCUACGUCAAUGUGAACCUAGACGCAGCGCUGCCUCAUCACUUGGGAAACUUGGACCAGGACGACUUUGCGUUUGCAGGGGAUGCUAUGGAGCUAUUGCCCAAGCUCUUCGAGCCCAUUAUUGGAGAUGUAUAA